AUGCAUGGAACAUCUCAGCUAGAAAUAGAAAUAUCUAAUGAAGGAGUCUCCCAGUCGAGCCCUGUCUGCCCAGUGUUAGGUCAGGUCUCUAAUCAUGAGAAUAUGGAACUGCAGAAUUCCUCAGAAGUUACAGACUUCAUUUUACUUGGUUUCCAUAUGUCUUUUGGUUUGAAGAAACUCAUGUUCAUCCUUAUAUUGGGGUCAUACCUAAUAACCCUGAUUGCAAACAUACUCAUCAUCACUUUAGUCCAGACAAAUUCCCAGCUUCAAUUGCCCAUGUAUUACUUUCUAAGUCAUUUCUCAGCCUUGGAAAUAGGUUAUACCACUGUUGUUAUCCCCAAGAUGUUGGCUGGGCUCAUGGCUGAGAGUAUAACCAUAUCAAGAUAUGGAUGCAUGACACAGUUUUACUUUGUGUUUUUCUCUGGUUCUAUUGAAAAUGUGCUGUUGGUUGUAAUGGGUUAUGACCGUUACCUGGCUAUCUGUAACCCUUUGCAUUAUUCAUCAAUAAUGACCCAAUCUUUGUGUUACCAAUUGGCCUUCGCGUCCUGGAUGAGUGGAUGCCUCAUUCCAGUAAUGCCAACAAUCUGGAUUUCAAAGUUAGAUUUUUGCCAUAACACAAGGAUUGACCAUUUUUUUUGCGAUUUUGGUCCUCUAGUAAAAUUGUCAUGUUCUGAUACUUCAAUGGCCAUUUGGACUUUUUUUGGCCAAUCUUGUGUUUUAAUCCCUAACUGUUGUCUUGUAAUCAUUGUAUCCUAUACUUUUAUUAUUUCUGCUAUUAUGAAGAUUCCAUCCACUACUGGUCGACAGAAAGCUUUUUCUACCUGUGUAUCUCAUUUUACUGUAGUUAGUAUUUUCUAUGCUACCAUUAUUUUCAUGUAUGUGAGACCAUCAGCUGGGAAUACAUUAUAUGUGGAUAAAGUAAUAUCAGUGUUCUACUCAGUGGUCACCCCAUUGCUAAAUCCUAUUAUUUAUAGUCUAAGAAAUGCUAGCAUAAAAAAGGCUGUGCAGAAGAUAAUAAACAGGUUACUGGAAUAUUAA